GACACACAGCAUUGUUCGUUGGCCUCAAAUCUACACCUUGAUUACCCCCUAAGGAGGUUAUGUCGUCGUCUGCAUUUAUUUGUUUGGCAGCAGGAGUAUGCGAAAAUAGUGCUAAUUUUAUACUUAAGCAAGAAAACCAUUGCAAUCCCCCCCUUAAUUCCAUGUGCUCCAGAAGAUAAACUCUAAGAGCAUUUUGUGUGAGCACAAUUGCACCUUGUUGGUGAUGAGUAGAAAAAAUGUAAUCUGGCCUGGCAGAGCGACAUUCUUGACGAAACCUGAAUUAGAUUAUAAUCUCUUACGUCACCUCUAUAAGCAAACUUCAUUUUCAAAUGACAUUGUUUGUGGGACUAUGUCAAAGCAUGUAUCAGUGAUUUAUCUAUUAAAAAAAAGCCACAAUGUAUAAAGCUUCACGAUCAACCAAGAACAACAAGUCAUGGUUAAGCAUCACUUCUACAGGGUUUGUGAGAGGCUUGUGAGCAGCAGAGUUGGCUGGAAUCAAACUCUGCAGUGUUGUGUUAUUGGCUGCACACUGAUCUUGGUAGAGACUUCAGAUAAUGUAAAAAGUAACAGCAGGGGCGGAUCCAAGGGCAGGGUGGGGUGCACUCGCCCCCAGUAAUGAUAAGAGUAACGUAGGGUUCGGGCCAGGAGGCACUGACCCUAGCUGUAAUGUGAUUGGGCCCUGAAGUGCCCCUGUCCUGUCACUAGCACACAAACAAACAAGUCACUUUCAAAAUACUUUUUUCAAAGCUAUAGAGCUAACGGUAAACAAGGAAUGUGCACCUUACUGAAUCUGGAAUUGAACGUUAAUGUUGUACAUAUAAUUGGCCCCUCUGUGUAAAAUGUAAAAUCAUGGCCACUGAUUAAAACGUAUAUCUGCUGCUGAGUAACAAAGAUGUUUUAUUAUCACUCCCCUGCAACUCUGCCAUAUCACCUUACCCAGUAGGUGUGUUUUGCUGUUUUAGUCUGGCUGGUUUCUGAGGCCGUGAUAGGCAGACAAUUGUUUUGUAUCAAGUACAACAGUGUUUGGUCAAACCAGUCGAACUGCUGCGUGGGAGCUGUGUGUGUUUCUUCUGGCAUCUUCCUCCGUCUGUGAACUGUAUACUCAGCGUGGGGCAAAGGUAUGUCAUUUCCUUUUUUUUUUUUUUGGAGCAGAACUUGUUUGUCUAGGUUGUCACGCAGAGGUACCAAUCCUUUGCCGACGCCACACAACAACAUAAGGAACAUUAUUCAGUGCUGCCACCAAAUCAGCCCUGAAGUUUUGUUCUUAUUUAAAACACAGGCAUGACAUUCUUAAAUCCGGCGUUCAAGGUGGCAUCGGUUUAGAUGAAGAAAACAGUUUUGAACUUUGAUCGGUCGAGGCUGUGCCACAGUUUCACCGUGAUUGGAAUUCAGAGCAGGAACUGGAAUGUUUAUGUGCAGUUGAACGUGAUGGGGGACUGAGCUGGGAGUGAAAACCAGAAAGAGGGAGAGACAUAGGACACAGAGUGGGUGGGACUUUACCUGAGGGUGGGACUUUACCUGAGUCAGGACGCUGACACGCUGUAUGGAGCAAUUUUUACAUGACUCACACUUCUCAGCAACUUCAGUAUCAUGUAAGAGCUGGUAUACACUCCUCAGAAGGAAUCACACAGAGUGGGUCACCAAACACAGUAAGUCACAGCGGUUCUAUUCCCAUAAUAUUACUGGUAAAACAUGAUGUAGUUUCUAAUCUUAUGUUAUAUAAACUAAAUUGCAGUGUUUGCUUUAAAAAAGCCUGAAGGUGCCUCACUUAUUCUAUUGAAUAAGAGGUUUUAGUCUUCUUUGAUUUCAUUCGCAUCAAGUUUUAUUCCCAGCAAAGAUAAGACUGUGACAGGAAACCUACACCUGCAAUAAUGUGUGUCUCUUCAUCCUCAGGCCACAAACAAAGUGAAACCCAGGUGUCCUCUCUGCUCACCUGUGGCCAGUGUGCAGUUUAUUCCUGGACACCGCCAAGUUAAUCUCUGAACUGUGAAGUCAUGAAGCGGAGGAAGACACUGGACUUGUUCGUAAAGGUGUUAAACUCGCUCCUGGGGAAAGAAAUGCUGUAAAACUCAAAUCUGUCUGAGUGUCCCGAGGCAGAAUGUUUCUCCCGGGGUGGUUGAUUUGGUGGGUUUUACUGACCCUCAGCCCGUCGACCUGCGGUUUGGAGAUCUCUGGAUAUGAAAGUGAUGAAGUCAUUUGCUCUCAGGGUCUCUCUGAUUGCACCAUGAAGGAUGAGAUAAUCCUUCUGGCCGAGAAUGAUGGUGUGGACAUUCAAAACCUAACAGCAAACAUCUACCUCUGCCCAGACACCAAGGAGACGUGUGCAUUAUGUUUAGUGAUAGACACAGAGCUUCACAUCCGCUUGGAUAAGGACAUGGAGGACGAAGGCCCCUCUGGAAACAAUGAGGAGGACGACAGUGAGGAGGCGAGGAAGCCAAAGGCUUCUCUGACAGUGUGCUAUCAAACAGCGUCUACCAUGCCCACAUGCAAGAAGGCGGAGUUUUCUGUCAAUCAAACAGCGGUUACUCAGCACAACAGGGCAAAGGUUUCCAUGGUGAUUACUAAACCAGCCGGGCUUUCCUUCAGCAGCAAAGUGAUUGUAUAUCCUUCUAGUUUACUGCAUCUAACUCAACGGGUUGUUGUUCCUUCUCUAGAAAAAGUGUGUUCCCUGGAGCUGAAGAAAUGUGUAGAAGAGUGUCAAGUGCCUGAGCUCAGCAUUGUAAUCCUCAAAGAGAAGAAUCACGUGGAGCUGCAGUUUGAUGGCAAAAAUAUUGGCAGCUUGUCCAUGUGCAUCCAACAUGAGCACAAUGGGAUUUGUCAGAGUUGGGAGAAGAAGACCAUCCCCCUCUACUCUGUGAGCCACUGCAUGUGUCUCCAGACAUGGUAUGAUCAGAACUUUGUGCGCUCUCGAAGAUGCCCCUUCGCAAACAUGGAUUUCUCUCAGAGGAACGUAUGGCAGAACGUGUCUGUGUCUGUGGGCCAUGGUCAAACCAACCAGCUGCUGCUGUGGAACCUGUCUGCCCCCUGCAGGUUGGAGGGUGAGGUGUGGCCCUGCCGCAAGGAGGGAAGCAGCUGCAGGGAGAUGAGGGGCCUCAGACAACAGCUGGCAAAUAGACCGUGGAGACAAAACCGCAAAGGACUCUGGGAGGAAACAGGGUAUUUUGAAGACGUCGACCUUCAGCUGUCUCCAUGUGUCAUGGUGAAAGUAAAGGGAAUGGGACAUGAGCUGGGUCCUUUCUGUUUUAAAAACACUGACAGGUGGCGCUGGGGUCUCCUGGUUGUCUUUGUCAUGUUGCUGGUUUGCUUGACUAUGCCUGUGUUCUUCAUACUUCACAGCUUUGUCAAGAGAUGGGUGUGGAGCUGGCAUCAUGGUGGAUUUGUGAAGAUUGGCAGAGAGGGCCGCGUGCUGCUGCUGAGCCCCCCAGAUGUGGAUGAUGGUGUUUCUGAGUCAGUUUGUGGACUUGGCUCUUUGCUCUGUAACCAAGGGUUCAGCGUGUCCGUGGACCAGUGGAGCAGGAAGGAGCAGUGCACUCGGGGACCUCUGCCUUGGCUGCACUCUCAGCUACUGAAGCUAAACACCCAGGGGGACCGAGUUGUGGUCGUUUUGACCCAGAAAGCCCUAGAGAGAACGGAGGAAUGGGCGCAUAAACAUAAGAGGGUUAUCACGGAAAAGAUGGCAGACGAGGGCCUUCCUCAGAUAUGGUCCCCUUACUCUGAUGUGUUCACAGCCUCUCUGUGCCUCAUUCAAGCGGACAAGCAGCAGGGCAGGAAUGGAGAACGUUUCCUUCUGGUGAAAUUUGACUCAAGUCCAAGCAGCGACAGGAACCUACCAGAGCUGCUUCAGGGGCUGCCUCUGUUCCAGCUUCCCUCUCAGACCCAGGCCCUUCUAACUGAACUACGUCUGGGCAGGACAGGGAGGAGAUCAGGUGGAAAAAUAUGGACAGGAUGGAAAUGGGGAGGAUCAGAUGGAUGGAGAGCGAAGACUAAAGAGGGAUCAGACCAGCACAAGACCUCACUAUGUAAAUAUAUUGGAGUUGAUAAAAACUUGGAGACAAUACCUUUAAAGUUGCCAUGAAUGUCAGGAAGGACAUGUGCAUCCAAGUCAUGAAACAAGGAUCAGACACUCUGAAAGGUGGACAAUAAUCUAUAUUCCACAUGUCCAUUAAGACCAAAAUCCAUGUGAUUCUAUCCCUGAAUACUUUGCAGACCCUCUAUGUCCAUUUACAAUGUUAAAGUUCCCAUAUUUGACACUUUCCCUUUGUUUUGUUUGACAUUUUGACAUCCAUCAAAAAAUAUUUGUGGUUUUAAGUAUAGAAAAAAUCUGACUGGUGUUUUCUUAGUGGAAGAAAAGUGUUAUAUGUGGAAGAAAAGUGUUAUAUGCCUGCAGAGGCCAAAUGACUAACAAGUCUGUAUCAAUGAUUACAGAUUGCCAGUAAAUAUUUAGAAUAACUAAAUCCUGAAAGGUUGGUCAGUGGGUUCAGGUGGAUACGCUGAGGACAGUGAUUUUUUUAUGUGAUGUCACAAAGUUACAGAAAUCAACAACACACUGAAAAGCUAUUUUUUUUUUAAAUAGGUGUUGUUCAUUUCUCUGUAGGUUGAACUUGUUGAUAUUUUCCCAUGAUCUACAUGGCGACUAUAGACCUGCUUUAUUAUUCCAAAAGUAAAACGCAGAAAUCUAAAUUUGUACAAUAUGGAGCCUUUAAUUUCCAAUGAGAGCUGAGCACAGUAUUUUUAGCAAAUGUUUCUCAAACUGGAUGCGUAGUACAGUUUUCAGCUGAGGAUUUUUUAUAGCAGGACACAUUGGAUUGGCCUCAAAACAAACUGGAACAUGUCACCCAGCGUAACAACCUGGAUUACUAGUGACUUUUUACUUGUUUCUGGACAACAAAGACAUCAGGGAGGAAUAAACAACAACAGUCACUUUGAUUUGGUCUUUUUUACUAAAUGUUUUUGAUCAUGUGUUGGAAUUUACAAACUAUACUUAGACCUUUCCUUCAAGCUGCAAACUGAUUAACUUUAACUCAACCUACAAUCCCACAGAGUAGAUAAAGAUUGUAAGAGCGUCCACACUUGUCUAUAAAUAAAUUGUCUAUAAAUAAUGUUGCUUAUUUCAGCGUGUGGCAGAGCGCGGGCUGUGAUUGGCUGUCUUUAAACUCGCAUUUGAUUCUGGCUGCCAAGUGGAAGAGGAGCACUUGUUAUUUAUUAAAUCACAUCUCGGCAGGGCGGUGCCGAGAAACGGCUGUAUGCUCCGCUCAGUCGGGAUGUUUGAGGCUUUGAAUCAAACACAUUAUGUUGAAACUUUGACAGAACAGUCCCGAGUGAAGUCGACGCACUUGAAGGAGGUAAAUAAAACCAAUGACUUUAAAUACACUUCUAAGUUUUGUAUCCAGCUUGUUUACAGUUAGAGUUGUUUACAUUGUUAUAAUGACUGUGAGUAAAUGUGUCAGAAUGUGACUCAGUGUAUACAUGUUGUAUUUUCGUAAUAAAAGUUGAAUGAAACGA